AUGAGCAUGGAUUCGAUCACUGGCUCGCAAUUCCUCUCCAAUCUGUCACAGUGCUCGUCGCCGCGGCUCGAGUCGGACCAGAUGUCCAUCAAGUCCGAGGACGAGAACGGCGCCGCCACAAAGGUGAAGCUCAUGUGUAGCUAUGGCGGCCGGAUCAUGAUGCGCCCACACGACUCCCAGCUCCGCUACAUCGGCGGCGACACCCGGAUCCUCGUCGUCCCCCGGACGAUCUCCUACGCGGAUUUCUGUGUCAAGCUCGCCAAGAUCUGUGGAGGCCGCAGCGUCCUCCCCAAGUACAAGCUCCCUUACGAGGAUUUCGACGCGCUCGUCUCGGUCAUCGGCGACGACGAUCUGGAGGCGAUGCUGGAAGAAUACGAGCGCCUGGAUGCCAAAGAGGCCCCUUCCAAGCUCCGCCUCUUCCUCUUCCCAAAGAUCCCUUCCACUGCCGCCGCCAUCGCCGGCCAGAUCCCCACGUCGUCGCUGAGGUUUGAUUCCAGGAACGAGCAGAGCUUCCUCGACGUGCUCAACAACACGAUCCAGCAGACCGAGCAGCCCGACCAGCAGCAAGUAGUAUCAGACGUGCCGGAUUUCCUCUUCGGCCUCGAAGUGCCUGGAUCGAUCUCGAUGCAAGAGGUGAUCGCCGCCGCCGAUGGCCCCGGCUCGGCAGUGGCAAAGAAGAUCAUGGAAGCCGAUUCCGCGAUGCAGUCCGAGCUCACCCCGAUCUGUACAAAUCCAAGAAAGAUCGACAGCAAUCCUCCACAGCCUCGGCAGUACGAUCCCCCUGCUGCUGCCGACGCCGCCGGUCCAAAACCUAGGCCAGUUUCGCCAUUCCUAGCUCCUUCGACCGCGAUCUCUUCAGCCGAUCCCAUCUACACCCCACAGAUCCAGCAAGCCAGGGCGCCACCGAUCCAGCAGCAGCUACCGAUCGGGCAAAGCCCCAAUCCCCAAAAUAUUUCCUCGCAACAGCAAAUUUUGCCGCCCAGGGGCCCCAAGAAGGACAAGAACAGCUCGCCCAAGAAGCUCGAACCCAAGACCGGCCCCAGGCUACCGCCAGAGGAUUCGAAACUCUCCCAUGUCGACAAGCAAUCCAACGCUGCCACCGCUAUGGACGCUCCCUCGUCCGCGUCAUCGCCAGGUGUGGAAGGAAUGGAGGCCCUCACGCUCGUCAAGGCGGAGGCGGCAGCCAUAGCCGAGAAGAGCAAUGCUGACGAGGACAGCAAGGUCGUUGGCCACGACAGCCCUAAGUCCAGUUCACAGGACAACACGCUACCGAUGAAGGGCAGCCUCAAUCUCAAGGAGAUGAGCCUCAAUCAAGCAAUUGCUUUCCAGCAGCAGCAGCAGCAGCAGCAGCCCGAGCACAGGAUUGCCGCCACAAGGCAGGAAUUUCAGCAACAGGUACUUCAGCAGCAGAACUUCAUACACCAUCACCAACAGCAGCCUCAGGUUGUCUACUACAACCAGCAGCAGCAACCCUACAUCAUUGAGAACAACAUGGUUUACUUCCUCACAGACCAGCAGCAGCAGGCAAUGCACUACAUCCAACGGCCAGUGCACGUAAACCAGCAGCAGGCUCCCAUCCAGAUUCAACGGGGAGGAUCAGACCCUCUGAGGCAGCAGCCGCAGCAGCAGCAGCAGCAAGUCAUGCAGAGGCAGCUCAGCGCUGCGUAUGUCGAUCAAAUGAAGCAGCAGCAGCAGCAGCAGCAAAUCCCCAGGAUGAUGUUUCCAGCAGUGAACAGUUCUUCUCCUGCCCAGGCACCUAUUCCUGUCUCGACGAUUCCUCUGCCGGUUUCGAUUCCUAUUCCACAACAGUUCGCUCCCGGUCUUGAGAUCAGGGCAGCACAGCAGCAACAGCAGGGAUUUGUGAGACCCAUUGAUCAGGCUGGGGUGGUUCUUGUGUCGCAACAGCCGCAGAUGCCGUACACUCCUGCGCCAUAG